AUGCAGUCUCUCCUGCUGGCCGUCUUCCUCCUUCACACCUGCCCCCCCGGAGGAGCCAGCAACCUCUAUGAGGACCUGACGCUGAUGAGGACAGACCUGGCGCUUCGCCUGUACCGGAGCGUGGCCAUGGCCGGCAACCAAACCAACCUGGUCCUCUCCCCCGCCGGUGCCUUCAUCCCCCUAGAGCUCCUGCAGUUCGGAGCCCGGGGGAACACCGGCCGGCAGCUGGCCCAGGCCCUGGGCUACACUGUCCACGACCCCAAGGUCAGAGAAUGGCUGCGGGCUGUCUAUGCCGUGCUGCCCAGCACCAGCCCGGGUGCCAAGCUGGAGGUGGCCUGCACCCUCUACGUGCAGACGGGGACACCACUCACCCCCUGCUUCGUGGAGCAGGUCUCCCGAUGGGCAAACAGCAGCCUGGAGCUGGCUAAUCUCAGGGAGCCCAACAGCACUGCCAUGCUGGCCAACGGAUGGGGCCCCAGGCAGACCACAGGGGAUGGGCCGCUGGGCUCCACGUGGGAGCGCGGUGGCGGCCCGGAGUCUGCGCAGCUGGUGCUGGUGAGCACCGUGUCCUUCCAGAGCGCCUGGCGGCAUCAGUUCUCCUUCUCGGAUACUCAGCUCCUGCCUUUCACCUGCGCCCAGGGCCUGGCCCUCGAGGUUCCCAUGAUGUACCAAAUGGCCGAGGUCAACUAUGGCCAGUUUCAGGACCCUGCGGGCCAUCAGGUGGGGGUGCUGGAGCUGCCAUACCUGGGAACUGCGGCCAGCCUGCUCCUGGUCCUGCCUCGGGACAGAGACACACCGCUGAGCCACAUUGAGCCCCACCUCACAGCCAGUCUCCUCCACGCCUGGACCACCAGCCUGAAGAGAGCCCGGAUGGAGGUGUUCCUGCCCAGGUUUAGGAUCCAAAAUCAUUUCGACUUGAAAAACAUUUUAUAUUCCUGGGGAGUCAUCGAUCUUUUUGAUCCACUCAGAGCUAACUUGAAAGGAAUUUCAGGCCAAGAUGGCUUUUAUGUUUCUGAAGCGAUCCACAAAGCCAAGAUCGAGGUUUCAGAGGAAGGAACUAAGGCAUCUGCAGCCACAGCUCUGUUGUUACUGAAAAGGUCUCGGAUUCCUAUUUUUAAAGCGGAUCGGCCGUUCAUCUUUUUCCUGAGAGAACCGAACACAGCAUUUGUCUUCAGUAUUGGGAGAGUUCUGAACCCCCUACACUGA